GGGCAGCCGGAUCUGGCAGAGCUACGUCGUACCCCAUUCACUUCAAUGAGCAGGACAAUGUCAGCGAGUGACUCUAGUCGGCUCAUUUUUUAAAUCAUAUCAGUUUUGUUGCCAAACUCAGAAACGCUGCAAAUUAAAAUUUUCUGUCCGGCAACAAAAACGGAUACGAUCCAAAAUGAGCCGACCACUACACCCUUUUUUCCUGCUCUUUUGUGUAGUUCAAAGGGGAUUUCAGUAUAUUGUGAUUUUACUUCUAUGAUGUUUCCUCCAUCUUCUUUCACUCAAACAGAGAAGGUCCUGUCCCUACUGACGAGGCUCCUUCUGUAGUCACGCAAUCCUUGAAGUGUUGACAAGGCAUCUUUGCAAAUUAUGUGAUUCACAAGGAACAAGGAAGUCUCCUCCCCCCUCACAGGUGUAUAUAGACAGGUGGAGUGCGAUGGGUUGUAGCAGAGCUGUACCUGUCUGUCCUCAUGUACCUCAAGGGGAUAAUCACGAGUGUGGCUCUCCUGAGCUUCAUCGCUGGAGGAACAUCAGAGCCACAAUGCGCCUUCUCCAUUCCUGCACUGCUGAAGAGCGGAGAGACCGUCAAAGGAUGUCUGGAGGUCAAACGCCACUCAGAACCUGUCAGUGUGAAUAUCAUCCUAGAGGUCAGCGGUGUGAAUUACACGAUCGCCAAUGAGCAGGUCCCAGCUGAGAACACUUUCAAGUGUCUGGAAUUCCAGGUUCCUAAUGUAACUCGAGCUGCUCCGGUCUUUCUCACAAUCACUGCCAUUGCCACCAAUUUCAACUAUACAGCCCGCAGACCGGUGGUGGUGGCUCCAACAGGCAAAAUCACAUUGAUCCAGUUAGAAAGGUCCAUCUACAAACCUGGACAGGAAGUGAGUUUUAAUGUGAUUGCAUUGGAUAAUAAUCUGAAACCAGUGGACGACAAAUAUCCUCUUAUCUAUAUAACGGAUCCCUCUGGAAACCGUCUUUUUCAAUGGAUUGACCAAGCAGCAGUGAAUGGCAUUCUGUCCUUAUCGUUCAGUAUACUGGAUGAUCCAGACUUUGGCUCAUACACAAUACAAAUUGAAAGAGAGUUCCGUGAUCCAGUUUCAAAAACAUUCACUACUGAUGAGUAUGUUUUGCCCAACUUUGGGUCAGAAUUAUCAGUUCCCAAUUCCAUAACCAUCCUGGACAAGAGUGUUUCAUACUCAGUUACUUCCAAGUACACAUAUGGCCAGGGCGUCCCCGGGAAGGUAUCAGGUAGAAUGUGCAGAACACCUCAAAAUUUUUACCCAGGAAAUGCUUGCAACAGGAAUCCAGAUGGUCUCUGCGUUCCUAUCACUGGAGAAUUGGAUUCCAAUGGUACGUUAAGUGGAGAACUUGACUUGACACCUUUUCAACUUGAUCGGCCAGGAUACAGCAUGUCCCUUACUCUGCAAGUAACUGUGAUAGAAGAGGGUUCAGGAAUCCAAGUGACCGAGUCAAAGGUCAUCAGUAUUACUAACCAGUUGGGUCGGGUGUCUUUUAACCGUGAGAACAUGGAGCAGUAUUACAAAAAAGGACUUCCCUAUUAUGUAGAGGUUACGGCAAAAGAUGGUCGUGAUAGUCCACUUAGUGAUGAGAUAAUAGAACUGCAAGUAGAUGGGAAAACUAUUAUGAAUCUGACCACAGAUGCCAAUGGUAAAGCCAAGGAUUUCAUUGAUACCUCUGAACUGGAUCAACCAACUGUCAGUAUACAGGUCAAUUACAAGAAUUCUGAACAAUGUUAUGAUUCUAACUUUGUUGUGCCCACUUAUUCCAAUGACUACUACUCCAUCACACGUGCCUAUUCUCGGUCCGGGAGCUUUGUGCAGAUUGAAGGGCCAAAAGAGGAGCUUCAGUGUGGAGAAACAUAUAAUCUUACAGUCAAGUACAUCUUUAGUAAAUCAGGUCUUCAAGAAGGGGAAACCACUGCAGAUUUCAGCUACAUGACCAUGUCAAGGACAAAGAUUAUAGACUCUGGAAAAAUCCCCGCAGAUCUAUCCCAAUCUCUACAAGGAGAGUUCUCCAUCUCUGUACAGAUAACUCCAGACCAUGCCCCAGGUGUUGAUGUUAUAGUCUACUACAUGAUGGAGAAAGAGAUUGUAACCAGCACCAUUCACCUCAAUACUGAGAAGUGCUUCAGUAACCAGGUGUCCCUGGAAUUCGCAGAACAAAAAGGAAAACCCGGUUCCACUGUUAACUUGGAUAUCACAUCAGCAUCACAUUCUCUCUGUGCCGUGAGGGUCUACGACUCCAGCCUUCUGCUUCUACAACAAGACCAAGCUCUCACACCCGCAAUGGUCUAUUCAUCUCUACAAUACAAUAGUCUGAAUGGAUACUACAUAGCAGGAUACAAUGUAGCUCCACCUGAACCUCCUUGUAUUGAUGCUAACAAACAAGUCCUGAUAGAUGGAUUGUACUGGUCACCUGUUGACUUCCAAAAUGAAGAAGAUACUUUCCAGGAGUUGAGUAGCGUCGGCAUGCUGUUUAUUACGAACACAACAUUAAGGAGACCUGCGCUGUGUGGGCGGAGCUCUUUUAUUCAACCGCGACCUGUUUUUCUUAAUAGUGCGUCUGGAUUUGAUUCAAGCUUUAUGAGCGCUGAAGCAUUCAGACCCGCCGCAUCAUUUGCUGCAGAUUUUUCAGCUCCUCCCAGCACAUCUCCCGGAGUGGUUGAAAGUGUGCGGAGCAACUUUGCUGAAAUGUGGUUCUUUAAUCGGACGGAAAUAGGUGAAAGCGGUUCCGUCUCUCUGCCCAUGGAGGUGCCCGGCACUAUCACUGAAUGGAAAGGAGACAUGGUCUGUUUGAAUUCUGCGGCUGGUUUUGGAAUGACCAAGUAUCCGGCCAACUUCACCUCCUACCAGGAGUUCUUUGUAAGCGAGUCUCUUCCUUAUUCCAUUGUCCGAGGAGAGAUCCUGAUCGCAAGAGUUAUUUUAUCCAGUACCCUGCCCAAAUGUGCCAAGGUCCGGGCAAAUAUCAGCUCUUCUGAUGACUACACAGUAGAAGCAAUGGAUGAGGAAAACGUCAAAUGCAUUUGCUCUGGACAAAGAGCCACAUUCUCUUUUAGCUUGAACGCUAAAUCAGUAGGUGUGGUGUCCGUCAGUAUAACAGGCGAAGCAUUUAACAUUGGAGAUUCAUGUGAUGGUCCUGCUGACCCCAAUGAGCCCAACUAUAAAGACACCGUCAUACGAACCAUGAUUGUAGAGGCGGAAGGGGUACCCAACGAAGUAACCAAGAGCAACUUAGUAUGUGUAAAAGAUACAACUGAAGUGAUUCCCGUCAGCAUUUCACCUCCCGAAAACUCCGUGGAAGAUUCAGUAAAAGUGAAAGUUACUGUAAUAGGAGACAUUUUGGGUCGUGCGUUGGUCAACCCAGAGUCUCUGAUCAAUGACCCCAAGGCAUGUGGUGAACAGAAUCUCGCCACUUUGAUACCAAUAGUUCUGGUCCUUGAAUACCUGAAGGUAACCGGUCGCCUGACGGAGGAGAUAAGAUCCAGAGCCGUGCAGUUUAUGGGGAAUGGAUACAGGAGACAGCUACGCUACAGAAACUAUGAUGGAAGUUUCAGCGCUUUUGGACCCGGACGAUCAGAUGGAAGUUCAUGGUUGACUCUCCUGACACUGGCAACUUUCGAGCGCAUUAAGCCAUACACCAUGGUGGAAGACAGAAUAGCUAACCAAGCCUUGGUGUAUCUAGAAGGAUUAAGGGACAAGACUACCGGGGGCUACAGACCAAAAGGGACUCUUUUUAACAAUGCACUAAAGGGCGGUGCUGAAGAUGACGUCAGCUUUACCGCAGCAAUGGCGGCCUACCUGCUCCAGACCUCUUAUGCAGCCACACCCACACUGCUCCGUGAAGCCAUGAACUUCCUGGACGGCGCCUCUAGGAGAGAACAAAGUGUCUACAAUUUGGCUUUGCUGUUAUAUGUCUUCCGAGUGGCUGGAAAUGAGGAGAGGAGCAACGCAACAUUUACCAAGCUGAAGGAACUGCAGAUCGAAGAAGGGGGCACCAUUCAUUGGGAACGUCCGAACAAACCAAACAAGCCAACAUCAUACAUAUUCUCCCCACAAGCUGCAUCUGGAGAUAUAGAGAUCACUUCCUAUGUAUUAUUGGCCAUGUCCACAGGACCAUCUCCACCCCUGGAGGACCUCAGCUACAUGUCUCAGAUAGCUCUCUGGUUAUCUGAGCAGCAAACAUCCUUCGGAUCAUACAGUUCCACAGCGGACACUAUGGUGGCCCUACAAGCAAUGUGUAGUUAUGGCACCAAGGUUUACCAAAAAGAUGCCAGUAAUACCGUUGAAGUCAAAUCCGGAGAUGCCGUCGUCAAAAAUUUCAACCUUGACUCUGAGAAUAGGAACUUGCUGCAAACCUACUCACUGCCCAACGUCCCUGGAGAUUAUAGCAUGACCGCUACUGGAAAUGGUUGUGUCCUACUGCAGACCACUGUAAACUUCAAUAUUCCAGUCAAUGAGGAAGACUCUGCUUUCCUUCUGUCUGUCAGUGUUCCCUCGGAGAGCUGUGUGGAUGGAGUGGCCUAUACCUUGCCCGUUUCCAUGAAUGUCAGUUAUAAUGGUCUCAGGAAUGAGUCCAACAUGGCUUUAAUAGACAUGGAUCUGCCAUCUGGAUACACCGUGGAAUAUCAGUCUCUAGUGGAGCUGAGGAACAAAGUGCCCAAAGUGGAACAGAAGAACAAUCACGUCAUCAUCUAUCUGGAGAGUGUCUCCAGAAAUAUAAUCUCUUUGAAUUUGACACUAAGGAUGAAUACAAGGGUGCAGAACUUCCAACCAAAAUAUAUUAUGGUCUGGGACUACUAUGAGAAAGACGAGAAUGGUAUUGCAGUUCUCCGUCACCCCUGCUCUAACCAGUGAUUAUUAUGAAGGAGACCAUGGGAAAUCUUAUUUUGCAAAAUAUAGGCCGUAACAUACAUAACUCAUGUACUGAUGGCCGCCAUAUCUUAUAGAUGUGUAUGAUAACUGCACCCCAUGUAUUUAGAACA